CAAGAAAAGCUCCUUGUCUGCUAGCGAGGUAAACAGAAUCUUCAUUACCACUUCUGUAACACUUUUGAAAUAAAAAAGAUAAUCUAAGCAGCAAGUAUGGACAAGAAGCUGGACCUGUCUAGACUAACAGAAGAGGAGGCCAAACAUGUAUGGGAGGUCAUUCAGAGAGAUUUUGAGCUGAGGAAAAAGGAAGAAGAGCGGCUUGGGGAUCUGAAAUCCAAGUUAGAGAAGGAAGAAACAAAGAGGGACCUAUUAGGAUCUCAGUCAAACCUGGUGGACUCUCACUGUAUCCACUGCCUGCAACCCUUUAAGUUCCUGGUGAACAGCAAACGCCAGUGCGUGGACUGCAAACUCUACACCUGCAAGACCUGUAGCCGCUACAACAAGAAGGAACGUGGCUGGGUAUGCGACCCCUGCCGCAUGGCAAGGGUUCUGAAAAUUGGAACCUUGGGUUGGUACCAUGACAACAUACGCUCUCGCUUCAAGCGUUUUGGCAGUGCAAAGGUGAUGAGGUCCCUGUACAAGAGAUUAAAUGAAGAAGGGCACCAGGAUGAUGACACACAGAGCAUGCCUGACGUCUGCAAUGUACAUAAUGGUCAUGACGAUGAGCAUAUUGAUGCAGCAGAAGCUCAACGCUAUAAACAGAUGCGAAAGACCAAGCGUCUACUCUCUGUCCACCCAAUGGAUCUUGACAUGGACGAGUAUGUCACCCACUCUCGCAGACCGUCUGUUCAGUACAUUCAGGAAGAGAGAGGAAUUCAGCGGAAUGAUCUAGAAUAUAGCUCUGACAUGUACCAUCACUAUCACUAUCGCAUGAACCGCAGGAAGAGCCUUGACCGGUUCUCACGCCCAGAUGAUGGCCUGUACUCUGAAAACAGAGUGGUACGUGCUCGUUCUCUCUCUAAAAUCAACUCCUCUUUGGCUCCAUGCCAGAUCUACCUGGACUCUUCAGAGGAUGAGGAUAUGUUCCGUUUCCCCCUCUACCAGCUACCCCCACGACGCCGCAGUCGUGCAUCAUCUCAGGAAAACAUUAAUCAGGGAGCACCACCGAUCAAUGAGCUGAGCAAGAGAAUGUCUGCCAUUGAGAGUCUCUUGAAUCGACUGGAAGAGAAAAUUACUUUGCCUGCUGAUCGGCUCACAGCAGGGCAGCUGGAGGAGGAAAAGCUAAGAAGAAAACUAGAUGAGCUAAUGAGUGACAAGGCACUUUCCUCUGAUGAGGAUGAGCCGAAGAGGCCUCCUCAGUCCAAUGAGUCUACUAUGAGAAGUGCACAAAAGGGGGACCAGGCACCAAUUGCCCCUGCACCCCAAGAACCCUUGAGCUCCUCAAGUGAUGAGAUGCCCAAUGAAGCGCAAAAGCAGGUGUAUAUGACUGCUGGGAAGUCCUUCAAUAUGACAAAGAAGUUGCGAAUGAUUGAGCAGAAUGCUAAGAAUCACUACAGUGGCCCACUAACUGAUUCAGAACUUUCUGAACUGGAGGACCAGGUUGCUUUGGCAGCCACUAAAGUUCAGAGUACGGAGAGUGAGGUCUCGGACAUUGAAAACAAGAUAGCUGCUCUAAAUGUUAAAGGACUAUCAAACGAUAAAGCCAAGAAAAAGGCACUGAGUAUGCAACAAAAAAGGAAGUUUUCCCAAGACAUUCCUUCAAACAGAGUGCAUUUGUAACACUCUAACAUUUGUGUUGCUUUGCAUUAAUCAGGUCUUUAUCCAUCUACACAUUUGGCUCUCCAUACAUACAUCCACCCAGUCCAGAACACUGAUUGCAAAUAAUCAAAAUACAAAGAAAUAAUAAUACAGUUUGGUGACCCCAAGGCACAGUAUUGUCCAGUGUCUAUAUUCAGUCUUCUUCAACUAUGUGUUUUAUACAGUUAUAUACAGUAAGAGUCAUUAUAGAGAUUAUUUUUGUUCUUACUAGUACAAUAUGGAACAUUUUACUGAACCAGAACCAGUGAAUUAAUCACAGCUCUCUUUAACAAUUUCUAUCUGGUUUACAUAAGUCCUUGUGAAGAUAUCUAACUUUGUUCCUAUGUUACUUGUUAAUAUGCUUCAUUUAAAAUGUCAGUAUUCUGGAUUUUUGCACUAAUCUUGCUUUAGCUCUCACACACACUUUGUUUCUUGUGUAUGAUAUCAGAUAAAAAAGUAACAGGAAUAAAAAGGAUUAAUAUG